AUGGCCUUGAGGAAAGCUUUUAUAUCAUUGCAGUCUGAGGUGGUACCGUCCUCUAACAAGAAUAGACCAUUCCAGAGAUGGCAUAUUUGCCUCAUCAUCAGAAGUGGUAAGUGUGUAGAGAGCAAGCAGGACCCAUUGCAUUUUCCUGCCAAAUGUGCUGGAGAAGGCUACAGUUCUUCAUUCCAUAUACAGAUGCUGACUGGAUUUGCUGCUGCAUCUAAACAGCGAAAGAACAGUGUCCUCCAUUUCACUUGAGGGCAACAGGCUUUAAACGGACAGACAUUGUAGCUCUACAGCUCAGCACUGCUUACUAACGGGUCUUUUUGGAUGCAAAGUGGCUUCCGCUUUAAACAAAUGCUGCAGCGCUACAUUGGAGGCAGAACAAUAGACACACAGUUCAUGGGCGUACAAGCCUGUCUACUCAGUCAGUGGCCUUUCCCAUGGAGCUCUUUGUGAUGCAAUUGGAAAAGGAGACACCUAGCUGGGCCAAGUCACCAACACGCAAGCAUUAGUGCUGCUGGAGUGCCAAGUCAGGAGGGGGGCAAGCAGUCAGGGGGCAUGUGCUUUUCCCUCUAACGUCAGCCACCUGAGGGAGCUACUGCAUGCCUGAGCAUGAGGAGGAAAAGUUCUAAUUUGGGCUAAAGUCAUUUCAGUCAUAUUUCUUUGGGGUUAACAUUUGCUCUUGUGUUGUUCCAGGGAUCUCUGGAGACUGGAAGAACCUCCUGACAGUGGCGCAGAGCGAACACUUUGACCAUGCUUAUCGGAAGAACAUGUGUGGUGUGAAUAUGACCUUCCCAUGGGACUGA